GCGGUUUGCGUCUGCGGGAGGUGCAGUUGCUGCAGAGUGAGGCGUUCGAUUAACGUUUGGCGAUCACAGAAGAGAAGGGAAUGGAGUUUUCUCAAGAUGAUUUUGAUCGGUUACUGUUAUUCGAACACACGCGAAAGACUGCUGAAGCAAACUACGCAGAGAAUCCUCAAGACGCUGAUAAUCUGACCAGGUGGGGGGGAGCUUUGAUCGAGUUGUCGUCAUUCCAAGCUCCUAGGGAUGCCAAGGCGAUGAUUGAUGAUGCCCUUUCGAAGCUGGAGGAGUCUUUGCUGAUCAAUCCAACUAAGCAUGACACUCUUUGGUGCUUGGGAAAUGCAAACACGUCUUAUGCUUUUCUAAUCCCUGAUAUAACUGAGGCAAAGGGUUAUUUUGACAAGGCACUUGAGUAUUUCCAGAAAGCUGCGGAGGAGGAUCCCGAGAAUGACCUCUAUAGAAAGUCCUUGCAAGUUGCCGUGAAGGCCCCAGAACUACACAUGGAGAUCCAUAAAAAUGGGCUUGGUCUGAUGAGUAAUGCGGGAUCCUCUGCUACUUCAAAAGAAAAGGAAUCUAAAAAGCAGAAGAGCAAUGACUUUAAGUAUGACAUAUUUGGAUGGAUUAUUCUUGCAGUGGGUAUAGUAGCAUGGGUGGGAAUGGCCAAAUCUAACAUUCCCCCGCCACCUCCAAGAUAAACAUAUUAUUGAUGAGUUAUUCACUUUAGAUUGGAAGUUGUGAACUAGGUAUUGCAUUUGUGGUUUUUACAUACUGAGUUUAUUUAUCAUUUACACUUUUCUUUAACAUAAAAAAAAAAUGGUUUUUAAGAAUUUGCGUUUUUGUUAUGUCUUGUUAA